AUGGGAAACGCACAGAGCCAUGGCCAGCCGCAUAAUAGGCUGGUGAAGCCGAAGACGAACAGGAACUCGCCUUCCAUCGUUCCAGACAAUGACCUCCAUGUGGAUUCACCCGUCUCUCUCUCCUCCAGAUACGCCAACCUGAGCGCACAGGACCGGCAGCAGAUCAAAUCGCAGUUGCUGUCUCCUGUACAGACGGACUUUGGGUACCGGAAUUCGUUCGACGGAGAAGAUAUCUGGGGAGACUUGGACGUGCAGAAGCGACUUUCCUCGCGGUCAAACUCGCUGUCGUGCUUUGGGGGCAAGGCAGGGCCUACCGCAAGGCUCUCUAGCUUACCUGCCUCAAAGGUCUCGCUAGUGCAGAGCAGUCAAGCCGUAGAUAUAGAAACGGCGAUCUCCAUCCUUCAAGAGGUCCAGAAGAGUGCGACGCCUGAGGACAUUGCAGCAUUGCAGCAAGCACUGGCGCCGUAUGCUCCCAGUCCAUCUCCUCGUCCCACCAGCGCCGCCGAACCAGGCCUCAGCCGCCGCACUUCGGUCGUAAACCGCUCGACCUCCUCCCUUACUCGGCGACGUUCUCUCCUUGCCACACCAGGUCUUGCAACUCGCAACUCGCCGGUCGAGAGCAACAGGCGAACGUGGAACUCUUGGAGAAGACCCCAGCUAGACGCGCAAGAGGAGGCGAAAUGGCAACGCCAGGAUAUGGUGGAAAACUCCCCACUGACGCGGAUAGCUGCGAUGGAUCUGGCUGAAGAAGGGCGAGAAUCUCCCAUACCGCGAGCUCAGACACCUGCCGAUAUGGAAUAUUCACACAUUGGAACUCUUAAGCUCGGGUCAUUAAGAAUUGCCAAUGGGGAGCCGUCGCCGGCUGCCAGUGCAAAGUUGAAUUGGUACACGUCACAAACGACAUCGCAAGGAGAAGACUACUUCUCCUCGGAUGCUCUGGAUAGUCCGAUAAUGAUGAAGUCUACCAGAAAGCGCCGCCACAUCAGAAGCAAGUCUGCACUGCAACCUCCCACGCCUCCACUUCAUCGAAAUCUACGUGUAUCGGAUGACGCUCGGAGGGCAAAGACUACCUCGCGCUACCUCACGCCGCCGAAGCCUGAAACCCCAAAACAUCCGCGCCAGCAGCAUCAUCAACAGUGCCAACCGUUAAUACCGCAUAAUGGAGAGAUAGAUAUGGAGCCGGAGCCUCUCAGACGGCUUCGCGUCAUGAACAAGAGUCAGGAUACCCUUGCCACUAUGCUCGAUUCACAGCCUGGCAUACCCGAUGAUCUCUCGGAAGUUCCUCAACAUAUGGCUGCUGCAGAUCUUGACGAGGGCUUUGCUUCGGACGAAGGCGAAUCGUAUCGGGAAGAGGCUAUACGCAUACUGGACGGUACUAUAUUCAGCGAACCUGUUGAGGCCUCCAGUGCGCAUGAAGCAGUUGUUCCUCGUGCUAACUCGACGCCGAAGCAACAGCGAGAGGUAGAAGCUCGACCACCACCUCAGAAGGCUGAUUCGGGAUAUUCGUCCGGUGGAAGUUUCGAGGCCAAGCACCGUGAAGCUUGGACGCCGGGUACGAUCCCAAGAGUUUCCAAGAAGCCUUCAAUGGUGACUGACUUACGUCAAAGCGAGAAUGGACCUCAAAAGAUUGCCGUUGCCAGUUUGUACACGUUCGAGCAGAUGCUACAAGGUUCAACUUCAGAAGACUCCCUGCCACCCGCUCCAACAGAUGAGCACAUGAUGCCUCACACUAUACAUCGAUAUCGUUCUCAGGAGGACAUCAAAGAAACGGCUUUGCCCCUGGAUUGGCACAUCGAUGAUCUUUCGCUAGGCGUGAAAGCACCUAAAACGCCUUCUACGCCCACGUCUUUCAUUUCUCACUUUUCCCUGGAUAGUAGGACUUCGACGCAAAAACGACUGCAAAAAAGAAAUCCUUCAUUUCAAGAGCUGCCGGUGGUUCAGUCAUGCGAUCCUAUACCAGAGGGAUCAAUCCCAAGCAUACCCGCCGAUGUCAGGAAACAGUUCGUUAGGCGUCUUUCCGAAGCGCCAGGCAUGGACUGCUUGACACAUACGUACCCCACGAAGAACCAUGUAAACCUUGAUGAACCGGAGGCCGAGACUGAAUUACCUGCUCUUGAACCAAUCAAAUUUCCAUCGCCUCCAGCCACCCCUGAGCCUGAAUCGCGCGGUCGAGACCGUAAGCGUCCAGACACGGAACGUUCAUCAUCUCUUCGCGGACUUCGACGAAGCCUCUCCCUCUUCCGGCGGAAAACGAAGGAGUCUAAAGAGGAAGAACAGCCGCCGUUACCAAAUGAGCCCAUGCUCCUUCACAUUGGAACCAUAGCUGCUUCACUUGGUCGUUCUCCUUACGAUAUUGCCUUGCCCACUGCCCACCAGAAGAGAACAUCUUCACCGACCCAUCCCUAUCAGCUCGGUAAUGCGAUGCCACGGGCAAAGUCCAUGCUGAAUAUGGACGCCCAGACAGCCGCAAAACUUGCUCGUCUUCGCAGCAAGGAUCGCGCAUCCGUGCGGCCUGGAAUGCCUUCCAGGCCCAAGAGCUACUACUCUGAAAGGGAGGCCAUGGGCGACGCAGACAUCUACCGAAGACACAGCUUCUACGGUCGUGCGCCUCCGAUGCCCACGAUACCGAGUAUCGGAGAAUUGGCCGUGACGAGUCGUCAACAUGAGCAGCAGACCCAGACCCAGACAGAGCCUGAAGUGCCUGAGGUUCCUGAAAUCCCGCAACCCACUCCAGCGAAUUCUGGGCGUAAGAUCCGUGCUCGGAGCACAGGUCGCGGCCGUGUGGUGUCUCCAUUGAUCGAGAAGUACGACAAGAACGGCCAGCGUCCUAACGACGUUGAACGGCAGUCGAGAUCCCGCACCAUGGGCAACGACGUAACGUAUCACGCUGCACUGCAAGACAGCCGUGCCUACAGCAUGGGAAACGAUGCUGUCACCCGGCGCCACAACAAAGUCAACCAUCCUGACUGGGGUUGA